CCUUUCUCCGGCGUCCCUCAAUUCCCAAUGGAGCUUUUCUCAUUCUAGGGUUUGGUUUCUUCGAUCGCACCUUCGCAGAGAUAUCGCGCCAGUCGACUUCGUCUGCUUUCACUAAAUCGAAGACCCUCGACAAUAAAUAUAUUUUGAGCAGAUGCUGGGAGAUGAGAUUGGGAAAGGAGCUUAUGGUCGAGUUUACAAAGGUUUGGACCUGGAGAAUGGAGAUUUUGUUGCAAUUAAAAAAAAGAACAAAUAUUACAACCUAAACUCCAAGCUUAAUUUUCAAAACCAAACCCAACUCGAUUAAUCGGAACCGGGUUAGAUUAUCGGGUCGAGCUACGUCUUAUACCAAAACCCUUCAACUUGAUCCUCAUAAACCCUUGUUCUUCACAAUCAAGACCUACUUGAACAAAACUGAACCGAACGCAAGCAAUAUUUUUGACAUUCGGAUUAAACAUUGCUUAGAAAUGCUUGUAGCUCGAAAUCUCUCCCCUUCAAAGCUUAAGCCACUCUUUUACUUAUCUCUCUUUUCUCACUGCAAAAACCAUUCCCACUCAAAUCUAUCGUCAAUCUUAAUACCAUACUCAAAACCCUAUCUUCAAAACUUUCCAAAAAUUUUGCCCCAACCAUCAAUUAAUUUAUUUAGGUCUUUCUCUUCGCAAGAUUUGCCCCUCUCUCGUGACGGUAAUUAUGAUGAAUGCACUUCUCAAUCUCUUCAUGUUUGCCCUGGUUGUGGGGUUUAUAUGCAAGAUUCAAACCCGAAACACCCUGGUUAUUUUAUCAAACCCUCUGAGAAGGACCUUAAUUAUAGAUUGUAUACUCAUCUUGAACCUGUUGCACAAGAGCCUGAAUUCUCCAAUUCUGUUAAAAGGGGUUUUGUAAUUGAACCCGAAAAGCUUAAUUGUGAUGAUGCGAACUUGUUCAUGAAACCAGACAAGCCUGUUGUGUGUGCACGCUGCCAUUCGUUGAGGCAUUAUGGGAAGGUGAAGGAUCCAACGGUGGAAAACUUGUUGCCAGAUUUUGACUUUGAUCACACGGUGGGAAGGAAGUUGGCAUCAACAACUGGGACACGUUCAGUGGUGCUUAUGGUUGUGGAUGCUGUGGAUUUUGAAGGGUCAUUUCCUAGGAAGGUUGCAAAGUUGGUUUCUAAGACAAUUGAGGAUAAUUAUGCUGCAUGGAAGCAGGGAAAGUCAGGGAAUGUGCCUAGGGUAGUGCUUGUGGUGACUAAGAUUGACUUGUUGCCUAGUUCAUUGUCACCAACAGGAUUGGAACAUUGGAUUAGGCAAAGAGCAAGAGAGGGUGGAGUUAAUAAGAUUACUAGUUUGCACAUGGUGAGUGCACUUAGGGAUUGGGGACUUAAGAAUCUUGUGGAUAAUAUAAUCGAAUUGGCUGGACCUAGAGGGAAUGUGUGGGCUAUUGGGGCACAGAAUGCAGGAAAAAGUACAUUAAUUAAUUCUAUUGGAAAGUAUGUUGGAGGGAAGAUUACACAUUUGACAGAAGCACCUGUCCCAGGGACUACAUUGGGCAUUGUUAGAGUGGAGGGUGUUCUUCCAAGUCAUGCAAAACUAUUUGAUACACCUGGCCUUCUUCAUCCUUACCAGAUUACAACAAGGUUGAUGAGGGAAGAGCAAAAGCUUGUUUACAUUAGCAAGGAGUUGAAACCUAGAACGUACAGAAUUAAGGCUGGUCAUUCGAUUCACAUAGCUGGUCUGAUGAGGUUGGAUAUAGAAGAAACAUCCGUGGAUACUAUUUAUGUCACGGUGUGGGCAUCUCCUUAUCUUCCCCUGCAUAUGGGUAAAGUGGAAAAUGCAUGUAAAAUGUUUCAAGACCAUUUUGGGCGCCAGUUGCAGCCACCUAUUGGGGAGAAACGAGUUCAAGAACUGGGGAAUUGGGUGAGAAAGGAAUUCCGUGUUAGAGGGAACAGUUGGGACUCAAGCUCUGUAGACAUAGCUGCUGCUGGCCUUGGUUGGUUUGCCAUUGGACUUAAAGGAGACGCCGUGUUAGGAGUUUGGAUUUACGAAGGAGUUGAUGUUGUUCUUCGCAAUUCUUUAAUACCCUACAGAUCACAUACUUUUGAAGUUGCAGGAUUUACAGUAUCCAAGAUUGUCUCCCAGUCUGACCAAGCUUUAAAUAAGACACACAAACGAAAUGAUAAAAAGGUGAAGGGGAUUGACUCAAAAGUGCCAUCCAGUUUGGUUGAAUCAUGACUAUUGACUUCUGAUGGAGGCAUCUAAAAAUGGGUCAGUUUGAGAGAAAGAAAGAAAAAAUUAAUUGCCUUCUAGUUUCUAUACAAUACAAGAUAUGGAUCAAGAAUGCUAACUAAACAGGAUAUUUCUAGCUUGUCAAUAUCUCAAGUUCAAGCAAGGGGAAUGGUGAGUUGAGUUGAGUUUCUUGACAAUACAAGAAAUGGAUCAAGAAUGCUAACUAAACAGGAUAUUUCUAGCUUGUCAAUAUCUCAAGUUCAAGCAAGGGGAAUGGUGUAUAAUGGUGAUGAUCAAAUGUGGCAUUUGCAGUAAUAUCUUAUCCAAAAUCCAACCUAAAUUUAGCCAUCUGGCUAUGUCAUGUUCCUUGUUAUUUCAAAGAAAUGUCUUAAUUAUUUCAAUUGAAAAGUUAUAUGUUGCAUUUUCUACUUUGUAUUAUUUCAGAACAGAAUUACCCCUCAGUUUUCGGGUCCUUGUGAGUUACUUGAACUAGUUUA